AUGCACAAUCAGCUCCAGACGUCUUACUUCAGCUGUCGUGAACUUCUUCUGAAAGGCAUCAAGAAUACUGUAGCGUCAGCAGCUGAUCAGAUCGGUGACGUUUUGGAACAAGCAGAGCAUAAAGCGGAAGAAAGUGCCAAUAAUGGGUUGGCGGACAGUGGCAAAGGUGCCUAUGAUGAUCACCAGAGAAGAGAAAAACGCGAGCUGAGGUAG